ACGGUGUCACGCGAAGGCCCGUUGUUUCAACGACGCGGCCUAACGCUUUAAUUCGCGUCAGUCGAGUGCCAGAUAAAACGUUUUAGUAUUUAUAAUUAUUUCCUGACGAUUAUCAGUUAAGGCGAUUAUCGUGCCUAGCGUUUGUCAUGUGUUAAAUCAUGUGAAUAAAUCGUGGAACGAAAACGCUAGAUUAUAACUGUCGCGUUGUGCUACGUGUGUAUGUAGAAAAAUAGAUGUAUACGAGUCAUCUUUGGAAAAAAGGAGGCUCAAGCGUCGGGUUACAAUGCGGUGCGGAAGGUAAAUAUUGGUGACGCGCGUUUGUUUAAAAUUUUCGCCAAGUUCACCCUACCGACGCCUUCUGCACGUGAGAAAGGAUCCAAGAAAGUUUCGCCGUUUUCAAGAAGUUCUCCGUGCAACUCUCUCGACGCACCGCGGUCCCUUCAAAAUCAUAUCUUUGACGCGCGCAUCUCGGCGGUCCGCUUCUCCCCGCUGUGAAAGGACUCGAUUUCUGCGAGGAAAAAGAAGAGGAAGGAAGGAGAAAGAAACGAAGAGAUCGGAAAAUUGCGGGAAAUCUCAGAAAUCUUCCUAAAUCUCCGCGUAUAAUUUCGUGCGUCUCAUUGCCCUUCCCACGCUCUCGUAUCCGCUACGUCAUACCGGGUGGGUAAGAGCGCUCAUUGCCGCGUUUCUCGCGCACAUGUAGGGGCUCUCGUGGCGUUGUUGCGGGGAUUUUUCGCAGAGUCGGACAUGGUGAAACUGCAGCGGGUGGAGACGACACGUGUCGCGACGCGUGCAAACAUUUCCGCAGUCGCUUCGAAUUUCUCUCGCCCGGUGACAUAAGCGCGCCACCGGAUCUCUCAUGGGAAGCGGCGCGCGCUGUGGACUCUUCGGCUGCACUGCUUGACACGCUUGUUCCAAGAAUACCUAUCUCUCUCUCAGUCUCUAUUUUCUCUCAUUCUCUUCCGCCUCUCUCUCUCUCUCUUUCUCUUCCUAUAUUUAUCCGUCUAUCUGUCUUUCUCCAUCUUCUUGUCGUUCUCUCAGGAGGUAUCCAUGCCAAGCUUGCUCUCCGAGAACGAAGCACAGGACGUUGAGUUCACUCGACGACUCUCGAAUUUUCGGGAGACCUCCUACUCGUGAUCCUGGCAACCGUCGUGAUGAGCCCCAAGAAGGAUGGGCAUGCUCGCGCGACCUCGACUGGUACGCUCAGACGACGAAGAUCCGGGGCUAACAACGGGAAGAGUGUCCUUCCGCAGACAGCGCGAGUCGCGGAAACGAAUGCUGGGGAAUUUCGAAAAAGAUGCGCGUCUGAGAGAAGGACGCGAGUACUUUGCGAUCAUCAUGAGGAUACUCUGGUUUCUGGUGGGCGUUUUACUGGAGAUACACUUGUACUUCACAGUAAGCCAGGCUAAGCAUCAGCAGAACUCAAGUGCCAAUAAUGUAAUCAGCUCAUUGAAUGCCCCGGAAGGUAAAAAUGAAGAUGUUCUUGAAGGACCAAUUGGAGAAGUGCUUGCUCAAAGUGGUAGCAUGGCAGUUCUGCCGUGCAAAAUUAACGAUCCUGGAGCUGGAACCGUUACAUGGGUAAGGCGGAGAGACAGACAACUGUUAACAGUCGGCACCAGUACGCACUCAAUCGACAAGAGAUUUGUCGUUAGACACGGGAACUCCGAUUGGGCACUUAUGAUACGCACCGUAACGGUCGAUGAUGCCGGCAUAUACGAAUGUCAGGUGACGUCGCAUCCGGUGCAGCGAAACUUUGCCCGUUUGAAAAUCACAGAGGCGUACUCGAUAAUAUCAGGUGCGCCUGAUCUACAUGUGAAGCAAGGCUCGAGCCUCCGUUUGGAAUGCCAACUGAUGGCUGCUACGGAAAAGCCUCUUUACGUCUUCUGGUAUCGUCAGGGCCGCAUGAUAAAUUACGACGAGGAGCCUGGCGUCGACAUUAGGAUGUCGCCGAGCGGCUCCAUUUUGACGGUGAACAAAACGAAGCUUUCGCACGACGGUAACUACACGUGCGCGCCUAGCAACGCCAGGGCGGCUUCUGUCAUGGUCCACGUAAUUGAAGAGGAAGAGAAGCCGGCGGCGAUGCACGGGGGCGACAGAAGGAACCUCAGCCCGGCAAUUUUGGCGAGCAACUUUCUGGUAUCCCUCCUAGCGGCCGUCAGCUGGAGGAUACCGAGUUUCACGAGCCUUUACCCGACGUGAAUUACCGCCGCGCCGGCGGCAUCCUUCGGUCCCUCCGCGUCACGACGGAGCCCGCUUCGAGGAUACGAGAGUUCCCAGGCAUGGUCCUCCUCCUGCUGCUUGGCGCGGCACGAUCCCGCCGUUCGUUCCGCACCGAGAAGAAACUCCAGUGUCGGGGACUCCGGUGCGCGUGAUAUCGCGAAUACCGGCUUGCGAGCCCGGUUUUACCUUACGUGUGUUUCUCUUGCGUCAUACUAAAUAAACGCCGGUUCAGGUGGCUCGGUGCGUGUCCGGCGCGUCCGUCUGACAGUGUCCUGUGGCUCAAGGGUAAAGGGGCAACCCCCGCCUCGGUGCACACGUGUGAAGCAUCCACUCCGAUCCCUCGCUCCUCUCACCUUACUAUCUCGGCUCGUGCUCGCAUGAAUGCCGCGUAAAUGCCCUCGGCCGGACUGUGCUCCGCUUUGGAGUCGAGCCAGCGGUUUACGCAGCGUGUGUUUCACUCUUAAAAACUUCCGCGUAAUCUUCGCGUUUGGUCACGUGUCUACGGUUACUGUCAGAGCUACAGGCAGAGCUGUUGGCGCGACGGUUCUGCAAAAUGGGAACGAGACGAAAGAUUUCAAUGCACGUCCAGAUACACGGAUGAUAUCUCUUUUGUCGCACCUGUGCACCUUCCUGUAAGUCGAACGACGAUACUACUCGGAAGGAAUCACAGCUUCGAUCAAUGAAUAAUUUCGGUCAGCCGCUCAAGAUACAUAUCGGAUGAAAAGACAAAAUUAAAUCCUACAAUGUGUGGGAACAAUAUUGCACUGCCAUAAAUUUGCCGCGUAGAUUCGCGUUUUUAUUUAUUAAACACUACGCGGUGACGAUAUAUUUGUUUUAGUAAUAUCCGUUCUCCGUCGUUCUUUCCCAUUAUCUUUUGCGCUCGGGUGUAACCGUCGUGACAGAAUCACUAGUUGCUUCAGACGCAGCCACGCGAAUGACGCAACAAAACGAGAAGAUUAUGGAACUAUGGUACUAAGAUACGUUUUAAGAUACGCGUCGGCGGAGAAUUCGCGUAAGCGGAAGGGAA